CCCGCCCUGGGAGGCGCCCAGGCCCUCAUCAAGUGACCAGUAUCCCUUCCAGGAGAACACGGUCCUUCUGAGGGAAGCGAGCUCCAGCCUGUAUCCCCGGCGCCAAACCGCCGUCAUCUCCUUCCUGUGUCGGGUGAUCUUUCUCCUCACCCACCCGGAAAAACAUAGUCCGCCCCUCACGUCCUUGUGGAAUAGUGAUCGUUCCUAAAUAGUGUGACUCUUUUGCCCGCGCCUCCGUAUUCCCCAUUCUAUGUACUCUGGACGCAGCAAGAGGAGAAAUUACCACAGAAAUAUUAAGGGAGAAACGAGAGGGAGCCGAGGGGCAGUAAGGAAAAGGCCAGGCUGGCGGAGGGACACCGAGCUGGAAGGCGGAGUGCGCACGCGCGCAGCAAGGAACAAGUUCCGGUCUGGCCGAGGCCUGUCUCCUAAAAAUAGCCCCGGUGUGGGGAUCCGUGCGCCGAUGUCCCGGCGAGUCCCGGGCUGAAGGAGGCGGCUCUGGGCGGCGCGGAGUGCUGUGGCGGGCCGGGGCUGCGGCGUGUGCACGCUCGCCAGCUGUGCCGGAGAUACGGAAUUGCAUUUUGUGAAAAAGGAACAAAGAAUUUUCUGCAAGGAUCAUAUUUAAGAAGACCAUUUGUUGACACUUCAUUUCUAAUCUUAUCAAAAAUUUCAGCUGUAGCACUUGGACUAGAAGCUGAAACAAUAGCAGCUGUGUACGAUGCAUUAGGGUAUUGAAGAAAAUUAAUUUUUGAAUUAAAUAUUUGGAACAUAAGGAAAGGUGACUGAAAAUGGGGCGGAAGAAAAUACAAAUCACACGCAUAAUGGAUGAAAGGAACCGACAGGUCACUUUUACAAAGAGAAAGUUUGGGUUGAUGAAGAAAGCCUAUGAACUUAGUGUGCUCUGUGACUGUGAAAUAGCACUCAUCAUUUUCAACAGCUCUAACAAACUGUUUCAGUAUGCCAGCACUGAUAUGGACAAAGUUCUUCUCAAGUAUACAGAAUAUAAUGAGCCUCAUGAAAGCAGAACCAACUCGGAUAUUGUUGAGGAAUACCAUAACACUUUUAAAAAAAUUCCAUUUGCAGAAUCUCAUUUGAUCUUCACAUCCAAGGCUCUGAACAAGAAGGAACACAGAGGGUGCGACAGCCCAGACCCUGAUACUUCAUAUGUGCUAACUCCACAUACAGAAGAAAAAUAUAAAAAAAUUAAUGAGGAAUUUGAUAAUAUGAUGCGGAAUCAUAAAAUCGCACCUGGUUUGCCACCUCAGAACUUCUCAAUGUCUGUCACAGUCCCUGUGACCAGUCCUAAUGCUUUAUCCUACUCUAAUCCAGGGAGUUCACUUGUGUCGCCAUCUUUGGCAGCCAGCUCAACAUUAGCAGAUUCAAGCAUGCUAUCUCCACCUCCAGCUACAUUACAUAGAAAUGUAUCCCCAGGAGCUCCUCAGAGACCACCAAGUACUGGCAAUGCAAGUGGGAUGUUGAGCACUACAGACCUCACAGUGCCAAAUGGAGCUGGAAGCAGCCCAGUGGGGAAUGGAUUUCUAAACUCAAGAGCUUCUCCAAAUAUGAUUGGAAAUACUGGUGCAAAUAGUUUAGGCAAAGCCAUGCCUACAAAGUCUCCCCCUCCACCAGGUGGUGGCAAUCUUGGAAUGAAUAAUCGGAAACCAGAUCUUCGAGUUGUCAUCCCACCUUCAAGCAAGGGCAUGAUGCCUCCACUCUCGGAGGAAGAGGAAUUGGAGUUGAAUACCCAGAGGAUAAGCAGUUCUCAAGCCACUCAACCUCUUGCUACCCCAGUUGUGUCUGUGACAACCCCAAGCUUGCCUCCACAGGGACUUGUGUACUCAGCAAUGCCAACAGCCUACAACACUGAUUACUCACUGACCAGUGCAGAUCUGUCAGCCCUGCAAGGUUUCAACUCCCCUGGAAUGCUGUCUUUGGGGCAGGUGUCAGCCUGGCAGCAGCACCAUCUAGGACAAGCAGCCCUCAGCUCUCUUGUUGCUGGAGGGCAGUUAACUCAGGGUUCAAAUUUAUCCAUUAAUACCAACCAAAACAUCAACAUUAAAUCAGAACCGAUUUCACCUCCCCGGGACCGAAUGACCCCAUCAGGCUUCCAGCAGCAGCAGCCACCACAGCAGCAGCCACCACAACCCCCACAGCCCCAGCCCCGGCAGGAAAUGGGGCGCUCCCCUGUGGACAGUCUGAGCAGCUCAAGCAGCUCUUAUGAUGGCAGUGACCGAGAAGAUCCACGGGGUGACUUCCAUUCUCCAAUUGUGCUUGGCCGACCCCCAAACACUGAGGACAGAGAAAGCCCUUCUGUAAAGCGCAUGAGAAUGGAUGCUUGGGUGACCUAAGGCUUCCAGGCUCAUGCUUGUACUUUGUGUUACUGCAGUGAACUGCCCUACAUAUCUAAAUUGGUAAAUAAGGACAUGAGUUAAAUAUAUUUAUAUGUACAUACAUACAUAUAUAUUCCUUUGCAUAUAUAUGUAUGUGGGUGUGAGUGUGUGUAUGUGUGGGUGUGUGUUGCAUACACAGAAUCAGGCACUUAACCUGCAAACUCUUGUAGGUCUGCAGAUGUGUGUCCCAUGGCAGACAAAGCACCCUGUAGGCACAGACCAGUCUGGCACUUCCUUGGACUACUUGUUUCGUAAGAUAACCAGUUUUUGCAAAGAAAUGUGUACUCAUAUAUAAUUCUCCCACACUAGCUUGCAGAAACCUAGAGGGCCCCCUACUUGUUUUAUUUAACUGUGCGGUGACUGUAGUUACUUCAGAAAAAAAUGCUUUGUAGAACAGAGCAGUAGAAAAGCAGGAACCAAGAAAGCAAUACUGUACAUAAAAUGUCAUUUAUAUUAAUUACCCAACCUGGCAUGGGUCUCUGUUGCAAAUGGGUGCAUGGGAAAGGGCUGUUGAUAUUAAAAAACAAACAAAAAAAAAAAACAAAAAAGCCCCCACACAUAACUGUUUUGCACGCGCAAAAAUGUAUCGGGUCAAAGAAGUGAUCUUUAGGUAAUAAAAAAGAGAGGGUAGAAAAUACGCAUGAGAUAUUCAGAAAAUACUAUCCUAGAAAUAUAGAACAUUAACAAAAUAAAAUUAAUAUAUUAAGUUAUAAUUGGAAUACAUCAGAAGUUUCUUUUUACAUUCAUAUCUUUAAAAAUAAACUGAUUUUAGCUCAUGUAUAUUUUAUAUGAAAGAAAACACCCUUAUGAAUUGAUGACUAUAUAUAAAAUUAUAUUCACUACUUUUGAACACAUUCUGCUAUGAAUUAUUUAUAUAAGCCAAAGCUGUAUGUUGUAACUUUCUUUUUGUUCUUUUUUGUUUGUUUGUUUUUAGAAAAUAGCUUUAUCUUGUUUUAACUUUUUAGAUUUAUUUUAAGAGGGGAAAAAAACAAACAAAAAUAUCUUGCAAGCAGAACCUUGGAAAAAAAAAGCCAUGAACACUUAUUAUCUAUAUAUAAAUUAAAAGUUGAGCCAAACUCUUUGUGUAUAUAGCAUCUUAAAUAUAUUAUCACAUUUGAUGUAAGUACCUAUGUAUUGUAUGGUCACCAGAUUAAAAAGUAUAUUUUUGUGGAUUGCCGCCAAUUUUGGGGGGAAAGGCGAAGUCCUUAUUAAGUAGAGUAUUCACUGUUUAAUAUUUACUAUUUUGUUAAAUAUACUGUACUUUGGAUUUUAAUUAUUAGCCCAGUUUUUUCAGAGGAUUGUAUAAAGGGGUUUAUCCCCUCACUGGUGGUGAAUGUGUGAUGUUACAUUGUAAUCUUUGUGCUGUAUGGGGUGAGCAUCAUUAUAUAUUUUAUAUGUGUAUAUAAAUAGCAAAGUGGCAAAAAAAUUGGUGUUAAGUUCAUCCUGCAUAAAUAUAAAAUGUGCUGUAACAGAUUUUAUAAGGCAUUAUUUAAAACUUGCCUUUUGUGAGGAAAAAAGUACAGUAGACAAGAUGACCUAAUUUAACUAAUAUUAGAGAAAAUGGCAAAAUAGUAGAUGAGCACAGAGGUUUUAUAAGUGGUAAAUGAUUAGAGAAAAAUAUUUGUGAGGAACGGGAUCUUUUUUCCUUGACCCUCUAAAAAUAGAAUGAUGCAGCUAGUUACAAAAUAUACUACCAUUACCAACUGUUCUGUGCAUUGAAAUGACACUCUGGUGUGGGGGAGCAGUUCUCUUAUGGUGCAGAUCCUUGGCAUGACUCUUGCUGUCCUGAUUGAAAUUAGUGCCACCCUCAGCUUGAAUUUUCAACAAGGCCUUAUUCUUACAAGAAGACAACUCAUCAGUGAUAGCAAAGUUCAUCCGUUUACUGGGCUCGUGCCAUGAACAAAAUUCAAAGUCCUAUAUAUCUUUUAUUAUAAAUUUUUAGAUACUCCUUGUUCUGAGAAACUCAACAGAAGGGUUUUAAAAUCGCUGCUGUUUUAUAUUUUAAUACUGAGCAGCUAUCUACAAUUUUUACUUAUAUUUUGUUUUUCCCCCCAAUUAAGUUCCUUUUGACAUUUCCCUCAUCAGCUAUUUGUGACAAAUCAUCAGCCAGAUUUCCUGACUGACACAUAGGUAUUAGGUACAGGAUAAGCCUGUGGCAUUGUCAUUCACAGGCCGAGGAAUGGAGAUUCUACUUUAAUGGCAGUUUGGUAGUAAAUUUUGGUAGAAGCCAAAAAGGGAGGAUGAUGUGCUGUCUCCUCUUUUCAUUUCAGUUAGGCAUUUGGCUCUUAUUCAGAAAGGAUUAGUUUUUCUUUUAAAGUGUACUUAAUUUACCGAACUACAUACAGGCACAUUUCUUCAUAAGGUCACACCUGAUAGAAACAAGACAGUCCCCCAAUACUGAAUUUCCAAGAUAAUCCUUACCACUUUGUAAACCAUUUAUAGCUUUGAAAGUGUUAAGUGAUCCUUUUGUUAUUAUUUAUGCAUGUUCAUGAACUUCUGCUGUAUAUUGGAAUAGGAGUUAACACAUUCACAUUUACUGUCUAUUUUCUUGUGUGCCUUAUGAGAUGGCUUUUCUGACUGUAUCUCAAUAGUCUUUCUUUCUAUGCAGGUUUAUAAUCAGUACAACUACUGUUUUCUAAAAUAAUAUUACACAAGGCUCGGAGUUUGUAUUUAAAUUACAUUGACCAAGUAACAAUGUAUUCUGUUUUCAGGAACUGAAUAUUUGACUGUUAAUAUUUUUCCCAUACGCCCAGUAUGAUAUGGAGCAUAUGGACUUAACAGACAUGCCUCACCCAGACACCCAUAUGUGAACACAUCACAUCCACAUCUCUUGGCAGAAAACAACUAGAGUGGGGAAGACACUAAUGGUGUUGUUUUGAAACCAACUUUUCUUACCCUUUUAGACUCACGUGUUUUGUAUAAGACACUGUCACAGGACGAUUUUGUCCCUUCAGAAGACAUAUUUUAUUACUAAAAAACAAAAACAAAAAAAGCUUAAAUUGCACUGGUUAAAGGAAGUUCCCAACAGCUGUACUUCCUUCAGUACUCUGGUACUGCACUGAGACUGAAAGUCACCAUUGUAUUUACACAGAUGGUCCCAACCAAAACUCCAUCUUUUGAGCCCUAAUUAUGUCCAUUGUGUUAUAGACUAAAUCAGGGGUUUGUUCUAAAAGAACAAUACAUAUUUUGCCAUUUUAACUGUAAGGACAAUUAAUAAUGCAUUAACAUAAUUUCUGUAUUAACCAUCAUGCGCACAAGAAAUACAUAGUAAAUAAGGAACCUGAAAACUCCUGGCAUUGGAUCAUAAAAAGCUAGAUGAUUAGAAUGUGAAAAAGAUUUUACAAAUGUAAAACUUUUAUUUCUCUGUAGAAACUCUUCACUUUGCUGUGCAAGAAGACACUGCUUUGCUAUAUUUAAAAUGGCUUUUUUAAAAGAGAUUUAUGUAUUUGGUAAAUGUUUGUAGUCAACAGUUCACACAAGAAGCUGUACACGGUUUGAUCAUGUAAAACCGUUUGGCGGCACAAGCUGGACUUUGUUGCCAUCCUUGAGAUGAACCUUUUAAGAAAAAUAAGUUAAUCUCAAUUUCCCUGAAUGUGUUGUUUUUCUUCAUUAUACAAUAAAUAUUAUAGUGAACUUUUUAUCAAAUGGUUAAGACAUUGAUAGAGGUUGUUGUGAACUAUUUGUCUCCUGAACUCACUCCAGUAAAGAUGGACUGGCUCUUACUGUA